AAACGUGCAGAAAAUAUCUUGUUUUAAUCUAGUUUUAAAACAAUGGACCGAAACGCUUCGGAGAAUUUAAAGAAACAGCGUUAUUUUGCGGCUCAAACUCUUCAAAAGGCAGACGAUAUCAGAAGGCGUAGUCAUUUGGAAAAUCGGCAACGCCCAACACCCCCGACCAAGGACUUCGACGACGAUAAUGAAUCGCGAAAUGAUGGUGAAUCUAUGCUGCAACCGCGACAUUAUAAAUCUAUCAAUAUCACGGAACUGGAAGAGGAUCAUACAAUUCAUAUGCAAGCGACACCACAUAGGGUAUCAUUUGAACCAAAAGAAAUUGCUGCGCGAUCAACGAUGGCCCAAAAUGGGCCCGAUGUCGCACGUCGUAAGCUAGAAAUAGAUCAUAUUUCGUCGGAUAUUAGAGAAAUCUUACAGCAAAGCUUUGUGGACGAAAUACGUGAACUAUCUCAGCAAAACGAAAAGGGAAAUAACUCGGUCUUCAGCGAAAAUGCCCCAGAUGAAAGCCUUCCACGAACAGCAGACAUGAGUAAAAUAUCUUCCACCAGAGAGUCGCUUGUGUCCAACCCGUCGAAAGAUUCGGUAAAAUCGCAAAAACAGGACUUUUGGAACUUGUCUUCGGCUGCGUUUGCCGAUAGCUGGAUGCAAAAAGAGCUUUCUCGGCUAGAAUCGAUUGAAUUCCAGGCCGCAGAUGAGCAAUCAUCCAGGCUGCUUAAAGAUGAAUUGGAUUGGGAGCAAGAAAAUGCAAUUAUUCCGACUACGAUUACAAGACAACCAUCAAGUAGCUUACUUGCUGAUGGCGCCAAAGUGCCGAAGAAUUUAAAAAAUCAUGUAGAUUUAUCUUGCUUUUCCGGCUAUUUAGAGCAGGACAAGGUGGAACCAAUGCAGGCCACGCAUAUAGAGGAUAAUAGUUACUGCUCAGUCGGAGAAUACUUUAACAAAAUGUCAGAUUUGAAGGGAGUUUUUUCAGACGAGACCCCUCCGCGCAGGACGCCCUGUCCGCUGGUGGAUUUGACCAACUUAUGUAAGGAAAACAUCGAGAAUAACUCACUACAACUUAGUAGAGGAAACAAAAGGAAUCCUGUGGAGUUGGACAAAGAAAAUUUACUAAGCGUGUCUAGCUUGAUAAAAGCUUUAAACGCCGUACAGUUGGAAGAUUCCCCGACUGCCUUUAUUAAUAAAGUGACACUCCUUCGAAAGGCAAAAUCGAAUACUGGACCAGCAGCACGUACUAGCGAACCAGCAUCCUCUACUCACAUGCCCAAGGAACUACAAAAAACAUCUUCUCUCAAGACGGAUUUAAAUGCAGUCUCGAAAACACCCUCAUUUCAAUCUGACCUCAAUACGGCAAAGUCACGUGAUCGUAAAGCUACCGUUGUACUUUCUGAUACAGUUAGCUUUACAGAGUCUUUGCUAGAAUCGUCUGCUUUCGUUCCGGUGAAAUCACCUCUAUCGACUGCUAAAUCGUUACACCACGAAUCGGAUGGGACGAGUAGAAUUUCAACGGCUCGAAAACCUCUCAUGGAUACAUACCGGGUAUCUACAGCGACAAAAUUAUCCGAACAGCAAUUAGAACUCCCGCCAGUUCCUAUGAUACGAGAACCUCCAAAAUGUCAGCGGCAAAUUAUUACAGAGGAGGUUCUGGUAAAACCGAAACGAAAAAGACGUUCAAGUUCCACCACAUUGCAAGAACUAAAGGAUGCCGAGGAAAAACGAACAGAAAUUGCUGCCGUUCAAAAACGUAGUCGAUCGCCAUGCAAUGUGGCAGAAUUAAAAGCUGUCGCUAGCCAAAUGGUAGAGUAUCCGGAUACUCCGAAAGGAUCCAUUCCUUCACAGCGCGGCGCGGUUGGCCAUAGCCAAAAAUCCUUUCUUUCACCUGAACCGCGAUCGCGAGAGACUGAAAUGUAUGGUGGAAGGUCUCCAUUCACAUCGCCUAAGUCGAUUGCUUCAAGUCUGGAUUCGGAAAUGGUAGACCGCGGUGCCUAUACAGUCCAUGUCUCAUCAAAAGGACAUGUGCCUGAAGCAAACUUGGUUCUUAGUUCUGCUCGAUCUGCUUCCCAGUGCUCGGUCGCCGGAAGUGAAUUCAGUCAUAAAGAUGGGGUUCUUCCGCUCAAAGCUACUCACAACGAAAUUUCCUGGGGAAGCACUAGACUUCGACGGAAUGAGAAAAAAUCUAUGCAAAUAAAGAACAUGUCCCAUAAAAAGCUAAUUAUCAAAGCAAACAUCACCGGACCUGGAUUUCAGUUAUGCGGAAUGGAACAAAGUGGUAUUCUUACGCUACAAAGUCGAGAAUGUCGCACUGUAACAGUGGACUUUUGCCCGACCGUUAUUGGUCCAGCCGUAGGGCUAUUAAGCUUUCAGCCACCCCAUGAUUGUUACGGUCAGCGAGUAGUGUCUCUGUUUGGGUAUGGCGGUGAAGCAUCCAUUAGGGUAGAGGGAAUCCAGAAAGGGCCAAGCGGACCAUAUCUAGAACUUGGUCAAGCUCAUAAUUUAGGAUGUCCACUGGAAAAAUCUUUCUCACUCUACAACAAGGGCAGCCUUCCAGCAUUUGCGCGGAUUGGAAUUGAUAAAAAAGGAUUGGAUCAAACAUUCCUGGCUUCAGCCGUUUACGUAAAACCGCAAAAGGUAAUUAUUCCACCGAAUAGUUACGCGCAUAUUCACGUCGUUUUUAAGCCAAGUCGUCAGGAGGUCGCCAAAAUUUUACAGAAACAUAUCGACGUUCUGCCUAUCACAAAUUUGCACAUCUUAUGGGGCGACGAACCAACACGUCAUCGCGUUCGCAAAAUAAUAUCCAUCAUUAAACGUCACAAUUUAAAGCAAAAUAAACUGACACCGCUGGAGUCGGUUUGUGAAAUUUUCCCCAAAGAGAACGAAUUAUGUGAACUAGAAUCGUUCAGUGAAAACCUUUAUGAAACUAUACAUGAGCUUUUCCUAACGUUCCGCGAAUAUGAACUGGUUCUGACCGUUGAUAGGGCCUUAGACGAAACAAUGAUUGACUUCUCAUUAUCCGAAGACAGCAGCGCUCUGUUCAAAACAAUGUUCAUCGCCUCGGAUGUGGGAUCACCCUGCCUGGCGCAGGAGAUAUCCCCGGCCGGCAUUACCGCAUCGUCGCUACAAUCCGCUAAACGUGAAAGCGGUGAGUCAUGGAGCGUACGACCGACAUUCCUCGAAUUUCGGCCCGGUGAACGGACGAAACAAUUUGUGAUCAAAAGCAACUUUUACACGAUGCAGUUCUUCGAACUAAACUCCAACUUUCGUCCGUUGUUUAAGUUCUCUCCAAUGGAAGGUCAGAUAAGACCCGGUCAGGAGGUACUGGUGAAUGUAGACUUCCAAUCAGGGCCACCAACUCAGCAACAGAUUCUAAUCGUCGUUUACAUCGAAAAUGAGAAGAUCACCAUACCGGUUUACGUUAGGAAUAGAAAUUAGAAAUAGGUUGUGGAUCGGUUAACUUAUUGUCUUAUACCUACAGUUGACGUCC